AUGGCGGACUAUCACUUUGGAGGCUCAGAGGAGGAGAACGCGGAGUUGAGGAAGCUCGAAACCGAACUGGUCGACGAUCCAGAUAACUUCGAGACCUGGGAGAAGCUUGUUCGCGGCGCCGAAGCUCUCGAGGGUGGAAUCAAUCGCAAUUCCAACCCCCAGGCGAUUACCACCGUGCGCAACGUUUACGAUCGCUUCCUUGCCAAAUUCCCUCUUCUGUUCGGAUACUGGAAGAAAUAUGCCGACCUAGAAUUCUCCAUCACUGGCACUGAAGCCGCAGAGAUGGUCUAUGAAAGAGGUGUUGCCAGUAUCUCCCCAUCGGUGGAUCUCUGGACCAAUUACUGCUCCUUCAAAGCCGAAACUUCGCACGAUGCCGAUAUCAUUCGAGAUCUUUUCGAACGUGGCGCUAGCUGUGUGGGCCUGGAUUUCUUGGCUCAUCCCUUCUGGGACAAGUAUAUCGAGUUUGAAGAACGAGUCGAAGCCCAGGACAAGAUCUUUGCCAUUCUUGGCCGGAUCAUUCACGUCCCGAUGCACCAGUAUGCCCGGUACUUUGAGCGUUAUCGCCAGCUCGCCCAGACUCGCCCUCUGGCUGAGCUAGCACCCACAGAGACCAUGUCCGAGUUCCGAUCAGAAAUCGAGGCUGCGUCCUCUCACGUUCCCCCAGGUGCCAAGGCUGAAGCUGAGAUUGAGCGCGAUCUUCGACUGCGUGUUGACAACUACCAUUUGGAGGUGUUCUCAAAGACGCAGACCGAGACUACCAAGCGCUGGACCUACGAGUCGGAGAUCAAGCGGCCAUACUUCCAUGUGACAGAACUGGAUGAAGGUCAGCUCACAAACUGGAAGAAGUAUCUUGAUUUCGAGGAGUCCGAAGGUUCGUUCAGCCGCAUUCAGUUCUUGUACGAGCGCUGCCUCGUGACAUGCGCCCACUAUGAUGAGUUCUGGCUCCGUUAUGCACGAUGGAUGGCUGCUCAGUCGGGCAAAGAGGAAGAGGUGCGAAUUAUCUACCAGCGCGCCAGCUACCUCUAUGUCCCCAUCGCAAAUGCCACGGUUCGACUGCACUAUGCGUACUUUGAGGAGCUGUCAGGCCGGACAGAUGUCGCCAAGGAUAUCCAUGGGGCUAUUCUCAUGAACCUCCCCAGCCACGUUGAGACCAUCAUCUCUCUGGCCAAUCUUUGUCGGCGUCACGGUGGCCUUGAGGCAGCUAUUGAGGUAUACAAGACCCAGCUGAACUCCCCGCAGUGUGAAAUGGCCACCAAGGCUGCGCUCGUUGCUGAAUGGGCGCGUCUGUUGUGGAAGAUCAAGGGAGCCCCCGAUGAUGCUCGUAAGGUGUUCCAAGAUAACCAGCAGUACUACCUUGAUAGCCGGCCCUUCUGGACUAGCUAUCUCAUGUUCGAGAUUGAGCAGCCCACGAGUGCUGAGAUCGAAUCGACUCAGUACGAGCGCAUCAAGCAGGUUGUCUCUGAUGUGCGCUCGAAGAGUACCCUUCUUCCCGAGACUGUCAAGGAGCUAGUGCAAAUCUAUAUGGCAUACCUCCUCGAACGAGGCACCAAGGAUACUGCCAAGGAGUACAUGACCCUGGAUCGUGAGGUACAUGGCCCGGCCUCUGUUGCUGCUGCUCGGACUGGAGGCACUUUUGCUGCUCCUCCAGUAGCCCCUGCUGAUGCACAGCCCGCCGUCCCUCCCCCAGGCCAACAACCCACUCCAGACCAAGCCGCUGCUACUGCCCAAGCCUAUGCUGCUUGGCAGCAGCACCAGAGCCCUGUCAACGGCGCAUCAGCCUAG